CGAAUGUGUUAGCUAAUUCUCAGUAUCUCUAAAAAUUUUAAUGGUGCUAUUAUCCACUGCAUUAAUUGUUACUUUUGCCUUACUAACAAUGCUCAUCAUAGUUUGUCUCUGCUGGGAGAAAUGUUUUCUGCAUAAAAUUAUCCGAAGAAAACCAACGCUUGAUUAUAUCGCUCGACCCGAAGAGACGGAACACCUAAAUGGUUUGAGCUUACCAAAUGAAUACUCCAGUGAAAGGCAUACUUAUGAAGUGAAUACAGAUAUCAUCUAUCGACCCAACAAAGAUUCCUUAUGAAAAAUUUGCAUUUUGAAUUUGUUAUAAUUUUUG